AUGUAUCACAAUCCUCUCAUUUACUGCACCUGCUGGGACCCCUGGAACUUGGGACCACGGAAGCUAAUCAAGACCCCUCAUCCACUUCCAAAGACCCUCACAGGAAAGCCUAGACAAACUCAUCCUAGACCAGUUUCAAGGGAAUGCAACUACCUCCUGUCCCAACCAAUAAAACCUGUUGUUUCCUCAAAAGACAAAGCCCAGGCAGGGAAGCUGGAGGAAGGUGGCAAACUUCCUUCUGAGGUGAUUGAUGUUUCACCAGGCUAUAAACUCAUUCGAAAUCGUGAACAGAUUUCGGUCACCUUGGGAGAUGAGAUGUUCAAUAGGAAGAAGCACUUGGAAUCGGACAUCUUGAACAAAGUAAAGUUUUCCAGGACCGACAUCAUCUCUGACCUUGAGGAGCAGAUCUCCGAGUUGAUGGCAAUCAUAGAGCAAAUGAACAGAGACCACCAGUCUGCCCAGAAACUGCUCUCCAACGAGAUGGAGCUCCGCUGCGCCGAGAUGAAACAGAAGUUCGAAAACGAGACCAGGGAGCUCAAAAAGGUUCACGAACUGGAGCUCGAGAAGUUAGAGAACAGCUACAAAGAAGCCCUGAAGGUGGAGAAGGCUUCUGCCCAGGAAAAGCUAGAGGACAUGGGCAAAGAGUAUAAGUACUUGAAGAAUAUGUUCCACAUGUAUCAGGACAGCAUUUAUGAUGAGAUGGAAGACAAGUGGACAAAGCGGAAGGCAGAAUGGGAGAAGGACGAGAAGCUGGAGAGGGAGAAGAUCCUGCUGCAACAGAAGCACAGGAUAACAAAAAAGUUUGAGCUGGAGUCGGAAGAAGAAAAGAGGAAAAUGAACGAAUCCUUCAGCGCCAUCUUCGAGAACUUCAACCGAGAGAAAGAGGAGCUCAUUAAACAGCAUGAGGAAGAUUUGUCGCAAAUGCAGGAGCUGAGAAAAUCCAAGGAGAUCUUGGAGGCCGAGUUGCAGGCACAAGGGAUCGUCCUGGAGACACUGAACACGAGCCUCUACCACUGCCAGCUGGAGCUCCAGAGAGAGAAAACCAUAGUGGGAAACCUGGAGAAACUGUUCCAGACGAAGCUCGCUGAAGCCGAGGAAAAGUACAAGUACACCAUCCAGAUCCUGACGGAGGAAAACAUCUGCCUCAGGCAAAAGAUGAUGACCAAGAAUGAGGAAAUGUAUGAAGAAAGAUCCGAUAUGUCAGCAUCUGCUUCUCCUUGUACGCGUGAGUCUGACUUUCCUGAACGCAGCAGCAACAAAAAGUAA